GACUGUACCACCACAACCUAUAGUUGUAGUACAACCCAGACCACAACCUACACAACCCGAACGUCCUAUUAUUACAUUCAACACACCCAAACCGACUCCCAGAACACCAUCUACUGCUAUACCAGUCUACAAACCAUCGACUCCACGUCCAUUCCAGACGCCGUCGACAUUCAAACCCAUAUACGUACCCGAAACAAUCACGAACCCUGCGCCCCAUUACGUGCCCGAAACGAUCACGAACUCUGCACCUCAUUACGUACAGCCAAAACCGCAGCCACAGCCACAACCACGACCACAACCACAACAAAAACCACAACAACCACAACCACGACCACAGGCACAACAAAAACCACAACAACCACAACAACGACCACAAGCACACCCACAACCUUAUCCUCAACCAAAUGUAACACCACGUCCAUCUCCCCCACUUUCCUCCCGCAGCGAAACCUGCGUUUGUAA